AUGAGUGCCAAUUACUAUUUUGGUGUAUGCCCAUGCGAUUGUGCUGAAAAGUGCCAAAAUUCAACCAGUUUCACCCGUGAGCUGCUCUGCCUUGAUGGUUGGAGAAUAGGAGUUCCAUCAAACACGACAGAUCGCAGUUCUCACAACGGUUGCUUCAGUAGCAAAGAAUUGUGGUUGUCAACUUUUUACAAAUAUCCUGUACUACGUGUGAACGAUGUGUGUGGCGAUAACUACAACGAUUUGACUGUGGCAGAAAUAUUCACUGCUCUUAAGGACAAUUAUACAUUGGAAGAGAUAAACAAAACAUCGCUGGUGUAUUAUGGUACUUGUCCUUGCAAUAGUGAUACUCUCUGCCGAGAUCCUGUUCUCUCUACCAUAAAGUACUUCUCUCCGUCGAUAUGUCCACCAAAUGGCAAUUUUGGUUUCAUACCAUUAGAAGAGUUAACAAAAUCCAGUUGCCUCCAGUUUGUUUCUCCUUCCAUCGCAACAAUGGACACUACCAUGAACCAUAAGACUCCUACAUCGCCUUACAGUAAAGAAAAUAAUGUUAUGGAUGUGACUCACUUUAUGCUUUCCACAAGGGGUGACGCUUUGAGCAGUAUGAAGACCACAAAACCGCUUGAAGGACCUUGUAACAAUCCCGGUCAUGGAAGCGCAUAUUUUGGCCAAAACAUCACUUGUUUCCGUAGCAAACUAGAAUGGCACGAUCUUUUGGACAAAAUGCCACAGCUUUGCGGAGAAGGUAAUUACAACAAAACUUGGCUUGAUUUAACCAGAAAUGCUAAUACCUCCGACAAUUAUCAUUUGUAUUAUGGAAUUUGUCCAUGUAAAUGCGCCACAACUUGUAGUAAUUCACCUCUGUUCGUUUAUGAAAAACCAUGCCUAUGGAACGGGACCGUAAAAGCCUUGAAGAUAGAACAACCAGCUGCAAACACGUCGAGUGUCUCAACAUCAACAACUCGCCGUUCUUCCACAAUAAAGACGACGCAGUCUAAAUCUACCUCGACGAUACGGGGUUCAACGACUACUACUCGCAGUUCUGUGAAAAAAGGAUUCACUAGCUUGGUAACAGUUCUUUUGCCCACUACUACUGACCACAGCAGUGUUAAAAGUGGAAGCAAAAAUAACGUUGCCCAGUUCUCUCCUUCCGAAUCUGAACCGGACCUACGAACUACAUUUAUCCACGGAAAAGACACUGCAUCUGAUUUCUUGUUCCCUACAGAGUUUUACCAUAGGGGGGAAGGACUUUCAACAACGAUUCAUCAACAACAAUCCAUCGUUUCAAUCUCGACAACAGUAGGGCAAGACGAUUUAAUUAUGGCUAGAAGCUUUUCAACCGUUCCAAAUAUACUUCAUUCAAUGCUUUCCACUAUGGUUGCGUCUACCAUGAGCAACAUGAAGACUACAAAAACGCAUAUAGGAACUAAGCGGAAUUCUGCCGGCUCCACUGUGGCGUCCAAAACGGACAUGACGGUAUCAGAGCAAGGAUUAGCUCAAACUACCAACUUUCGAAGCUCUCAUCAAACAUCAGCUGAGAGUGCAAUAUAUCCAGCAUAUACUAGCUUGUCAGCAGCAAUAAGCACGUCAAAUGAUGAUGGAAAUAAACCAACCCUAAAGCCAUUUGAAGAGAGCAACACAUCUCCGAUAACGAUACGCACUUCAGAACAAGGUUGGCACGGGAUUUCGACCACAAUUUUGAGGACCGAAAGGACUGAAGGACAAGGUUCAUUUACUAGAUCAUCAAAUGUCUCUCCAGAAACAUCAGUAAUAACUUUGUCUGCAGAAGCAAGCACUACAAGGCAUAACCAGAACUCUUCUGAGACGCCACUUGACCAUACAGCCCCACGCACAAAUUUAGAGAGUUCUGAGACUACUGGUACUGCAUAUAAGUCUUCAAGCCACUCAACCAUCUACGAGAAAGUGACGACAUUGACGAAUUCCAGCUCAUCUACAGAAACGCAAGAAACAACCAUAUCUGCCAAUACCAUCCAUCCAUACAAUACAUUUCAGAAGACAGUAAGUUCAAAUGUUGCAAUUUCAAGCACAGUUUCAACGCCAUCAGUGGAGAUGACCAAAACAAUCACAAACGCUUUUGGAGACGACACUUCCAGCUCGAGCUCUUCUGAUUCUAAUGCAAGCUCUGCCACUACGAAAGUCACGAAGCAUGACAACAUCAUUUUAAAGUCAACAGUAUCAACAUCGGCAGAGACAGGAAGUUCCAUGCCCAAAAUUUCUUCAUCAACAUUAACAAUGUCAGCAGAGACUGAAAGCUUCAUGCCUGAACAUUCUUUGAUCGAUGACAAAAAGCUCUCUACCGAAGUGAUGAACGCGAAUUUAUCUGAACCAUCUAUCCAUACUUUGAGCGCAAGUUCUGGAACUACUGAGGAUCCAAGUGUUAAAACAUCAUAUUUAACGGCAUCAGAGUCUUCUCAGGAAACACCAUUGACUUCUGCCAGCGAGUAUGGAAAAAGCCCCACCUAUUCAAACAAAUUGAAUACUGAGGAAAUGGCUGCGAGCACGUUUUCGUCAACACCUAGGACUAAAUCAACUCUAUUUAGUUCAUCUGCUGAUUCUAGCAAGGAAAACGUACACAUGACAUCUUCCACUGCCCACGCUUCCGUCUUGUCAACUUCGGAUUACGAAUCUAGCGGAACUCUUAGCACAUCAUUCACAAAGUCAGCACUGCGUUCGAAGCAGUACAGCUUCUCAAAAAGUGACCGUUCUGAAGAGACCAAAGCUGUAACGAGCCACGAAAACAGAGCUUCCUCAAAAAAUGUAGGGAGCUCUAUUUUCUUGAAGGUUAUGAGUGCUGACAAAAAAAUUUCCGCCAUCUCAACUACGUCUAAAAUGCCGGAAUCUAAAUCUCAAAGAAUGAUGGAAAUGGGUUCUACUGAAAGCAGCUUUGAAUCAACUGAUAGCGCAGGAGCUAGGACGAGCCAAACUGCAUCUGCUACCAGUCGAGAAAGACUCGAACUUUCUACGACUACUGGUUUAGAAGAUGGCCAAUGGACGGAAACGUUUGCCUCUACAUCUAAAACUGCGAUUGGAACAAGCGUGAUAGAAACUCCGACGAUGCCGAAACGUGAGUUCACGUCUGAGGCAUCUUCGCCAUUUUCUGAUGGAUCAAGUGCAGAAGCAAAAUUGACCAGUAGUGAAUCAGCAAUCCCUAGCAGCGAACAGACAGCAGAGUUUACGACGGAAACUUUUGACAGUAAACACAAAGCCGCGAGUCUCGAAGGCACGUUAACCAGAGGUGUAACAGAACAUCGAGAAGUGAGCACAGAAAUUCUUAGUAAAUUGGAUGAGCCAGUUUCUUCCUCCAUGGCGCCGAUAUCCUCAUUGACAUUCUUUAUCGAGGAAACUGAUAAAUCUUCAAAAUCGUAUGAGAAUGAAGUUCCAGCGCACUCCACUGAUGAAUUCGAAAGCACCUACAAAUUACUCUUUAGUACAUUCACAACGAAGCAACACACUAAUUUUGCUUCGUUGCCGCUGGCUUACAGGACCUGCCAGGAGGACAACAGCAUGAUGGCAGACGAGGUAGAUUUACGAAAUUCCUCUGUUCUCGAGAUCUUGGAUUUUUUGAGGGAAAUAAUGAAUCCUGUUCCUGAGCGAUUUUUUGUGAAUGAGCAAAAUGUACGGUCUUCUGUGGAAAGCGCUUCUGUUCGCAUUGUUUCAAGAAGUGGAACAUCACGGCUUCAUUUAGCAGUGGUCGAAACAGCGAGUCCAGAUUCCCGUUUCGACGAUGUAUACGCAUUGUGCAGAACUACUAAAUAUUGUGCAGAUAUGUACUGUAAUCUUCAAGAUUACGAGUUUUACGAAAUUGCGGCAAAUAUCACUUUGCCGCCAAACCGCACCAAACUGGAUAUGGGAGAGGAAGCCAGCAUCUCCUGUGAUGACGAUGGCGUUCUGAGAGCGAUCAACGUGACAUGUAGCGAGGAGGGAUUGCUACUUCCACAUCCUACGUACAUGAACUGCAGCCUCAACGAACUCAAUCGCCUCGAAGCGGGAGAGGUGGAAACAAGCUAUUAUACCACACUGCAAAAGUCAUGCGAAGAUUGUCACGGGCUUGGCACAAGCAGAUGUCUACCUGUCGAGGGAGGGUACACUUGCAUUUGUAAGCCUCAUUGGACGGGCUUCACAUGCUGGAAAUCGCCCAAUCAGUGUCUGCUCCAACAGUUGCAAUGUGAACCUGGAGGAAAGUGCGUAUCGGAAGUAGACCGGGCUUACUGCUCAUGUUAUGAAGGUUACGGUGGUUCCAAUUGUGAGAUUGUCAAAGAAAAGGUAUCAUUUGCUCAGAAUGAGAGUUUCUUGAUAAAUGCAGCCAGUGCAGGUGCAGCAGCUAUGACGUCUGGUGAGAUUUUCGUGAUGGCUGUGAAAGGAUUGAUGAAAUUGUAUAUUCCGAAAGCUGGAAAGGGGCCAACGUUGCUCGUUGGCAUCGUACUGGGUGGAUUUGUUACGAUGAUUGCUUGCGACCAGUACUAUGAGAUAGCAACAACAUGGAGUUGUCUUGGACAAUUUACCACCGAGACUUCAAACUUCUGGUUGCCAGUCGUCCUUGUCAAUGCUUGUGCCGCUCUUACAGCUUCUUAUUACGCAUACAUCAGCUUCAUUACAAUGAAGAACAUUCCUCAAUAUCGAGAGAAAAUGAACAAUUACCUGAGAGGAGAGGAUUUUAUGGUGAAGUGGAGCGAAGAAAAGGUACACUAA